AUGGCGGAGUCGACAAAUUACAAAGUUGUACUCGGUUUCCAGCUUGAGAAAAUAAAGCAAGAAACCAUUGUUAUGAUAGUUGGAGCAGGACCUGCUGGCAUUGCAACAUCAGCAUGUCUCAAUCUUCUUUCAAUCCCAAAUAUUGUUCUUGAAAGGGAAGAUUGUUAUGCAUCUUUAUGGCAAAAGAAGGCUUAUGAUCGUUUAAAGCUUCACUUAGCCAAAAACUUUUGUCAACUUCCUCAUAUGCCAUUUCCUUUGUCUGCACCCACAUUUGUACCAAAAAAUAUGUUUGUGCAAUACUUGAAAAACUAUGUUUAUCAUUUUAAUGUAGACCCGUUGUACCAACGUAGUGUCGAGAGUGCAUGGUAUGACAAGAGUGCACAAAAAUGGGUGGUUACCGCCCAAAAUAAUGUUUCGGGUUUGGUCGAGGAGUAUGUAAGUGAGUUUCUUGUGGUGGCAACCGGUGAAAAUAGCGAAGGCUUUAUUCCGAAUGUUUAUGGCUUGGAUACCUUCAAAGGGUUAGUCAUCCACUCAAGUGAGUAUGAAAAUGGAAAGACAUUUGGAGACAAGGAUGUGCUUGUUGUUGGUGCCGGAAAUUCUGGGAUGGAAAUUGCAUAUGAUUUGUGCAAUUGGGGUGCUCAAACAUCAGUUGUUGUUCGUAGCCCGAUACAUGUGCUUAACAAGGAGUUAGUGCAACUUGGAAUGUAUUUUUUAAAAUAUAUUCGGUGCACAAUUGUGGAUAAGAUGGUUUUAGUGUUAAGUAAGUUGUUGUAUGGAGAUCUUAGGAGAUUCGGAAUACAAAGGCCACUUAAAGGACCAUUCUUGCUUAAAAAAGAAACAGGGAGAUCACCUGUCAUUGAUGUUGGAACAAUUUCAAAGAUUAAAACAGGAGACAUUAAGGGAAACAUUGUUAUGACGUCUAUUAAAGAUAUACAAGGUGAUAUUAUCAAAUUUACAAAUGGUCAAGAGAGGCAAUUUGAUGCCAUUGUCUUUGCUACUGGUUUUAAAAGCACCGUACGGAAAUGGCUUAAGGAAGAUGGAGGUCUGUUCAAUGAAAAAGGAAUGCCAAAACACAAAAGCCCUAACCAUUGGAAAGGAGAAAAUGGUCUUUAUUGUGUUGGAUUUGCUAGUGCUGGAUUAUUUGGAAUCUCAAAUGAUGCUAAGAAUAUUGCUAAUGAUAUCUUCCGUAUUGUUGAUGGGAAAUGA